CACUUGACCACCACCCAUUACUCAGAUGUCUUAAGUCAUCUCACGACCUCCUUCUUCCUUCCUUCUUUCCAUAAUAAAGACAACAGCGUCGACAUGUCUGCAGCAGUAUUCUUUGGGCUGAGGGCCUUAUCGCAAACCCUGACGGCCCAGGAGGCCUUAUCUGGAGUCUUUGGCAGCAUCAGUCUUGCGACGUGGAUUUUUUUGUUGGUCCCGCAACUCAUUCUCAACUACAAGACUGGGAGUGCUGAUGGCAUUUCCCUUGCCUUCCUGCUCGUGUGGUUGAUUGGGGAUAUCACCAACCUUUCUGGUGCUGUUUGGGCUGAUCUCGUGCCAACCGUGAUCGCUCUGGCCAUUUACUUCUGCAUCGCAGACUUCGUGCUCAUUAGCCAAUGUCUAUAUUAUAACCACAUCAACGCUCGCUCUCGGAGACAACUCUCAGUUGUCUCCACCACAUCUGAAGAGGAACCACUCCUCACCCGCCGCCGGAGCAGCGACACCAUUGGUCUCCCCGGCUCUCAUAGACGCCGCUCCUCUGCUCGAAGCGGGAGACGUGAUUCUCUGUCGAAGAUCUUCGAGGAAGAUGAUUCUCCUAACGCAAAUCCGUGGUUCAGGAAUACACUCUCUGUUUUAGCGGUUGUUGCUGUUGGCACAGCCGGCUGGGCUAUUGCAUGGCAGUCUGGUGUCUGGAUUCCUACGCCCGAGGAUGGGGAUGUCCCUGAGGCUGUGCAAGCAGCUGUUGGAGCUAAGAUCCUGGGUUAUGCGAGUGCGAUUUGCUAUCUUGGUGCACGAAUCCCUCAGAUCGUGAAGAACUAUAGAGAUAAAUCCUGCGAAGGACUCGCUCUGCUCUUUUUCUUACUCUCUUUGAUGGGAAAUUUAACAUAUGGGGCGAGUAUCCUCAGCCAUUCGCUUGAGAGGGAUUAUCUGAACACGAAUCUGCCGUGGUUGAUUGGGAGUUUGGGGACGAUGGUUGAGGAUGCGAUUAUCUUUGUCCAGUUCAGGAUGUAUGCUCCAAAGCCUACGACCUCAGCUGUUGAGUAAUUGCUGGGAUGGAUGAGAAGAUAUCUUCAGGAGGGGAGAGGUGUAUGAUAAUGAUGGCAUCAUGGGAGUAUUUGGGUUAUGUACUUGUAUUCAAUCCCAUUUGGGGAAGCAAGGGCUGCAUUCAAGAGGUUUAAGGAGGGGACUAAUGAUUACUUAAAUGGAAAUAACUCGUGAUUUAGUGUAUUCAUGAUGUUGAUAGACACUUAAAACUCAU